AUGGAAAUCAAAAUCAGAAAAACAGGGAUGUCAGACAACAUUCCUUUUGACAUGCAAGUAGAGAUCAUGAAAAGACUUCCUGUUAAAGCGCUGGCCGUGUUCAGAUCGGUUUCGAAAGCUUGGAAAUCAGUAAUCGACAGCCGUCUCUUUGUUGCCGAUUACACCAACUUUCACCAGCAACAUCGGCUUCUUAUAAGGUACAUGAUUGAUUACAAGUUUGGAUACUACUACCAAUAUGUUUCCAUAGUUGACAAUGACACUCUCUCCCGACAUGAAUUUCAAAUUGUUAUUGCUAAUGUUCCCGGGUCGGUAGUACAACUUGUUGGUACGUCUCAAGGGUUGUUAUGCUUAUUCGGUGAUUAUCGAGUGGAUGAUUGUAUUAAAAAAACAGCUGUGAUCUGGAAUCCGUCACUUGGAAAAUCCAUUGCUAUAGAUGUGCCUGUUGUAGGUGAUUCAGAUUCAACCGUUUUAGGUUUUGGGGUUCGCCCUGAUAAUCUUGACCCUAUGAUUGUAACGAUUGAUUAUGUUGAACAUUGUUAUGAGGUUAUGCUGUUUGUGUUAAGCUCACGGGAUUGGAGAACUCCACGUGGUAGAUUGCCUCCUAAGUCGAUUGUUUUUUCACACGGCACUCCAGUUGCUACGGAUCGGUGUAUUUAUUGGGAAGCUUGUGAGGUUAGUAUUUAUUUAGUUGUUGCGUUCGAUAUGGUGUGUGAAACCUUUACUGAAAUAAACCUCCCUCAUUGUGUAGCACACCGGUCUUCUAAUGAAGAUUUUUCCAUCUCUAUGAUAAGAGGGUCUCUUGCGCUACUUGAAUGGUAUGAUGACGUCAAGAAACAAGGUUGUGACGUAUGGAUGAUGGUGGACAAUGGUGCUUCAAAAUCGUUCACAAAGCUAUUCACCAUCAACAUACCAUCAUUACCGUCAUUAUCUACAGAGGUUCUAGGAUUUAGGAAGAAUGACCAACCUAUUAUGCAAACAGCUGGUUACCGGCAUCCAGCAUCACUUGAACUUUAUGAACCACGCACAGGGACCAUCAAGAAAACGGGGAUUAACCUUGAAGAAGGUUCAUACUUUUUAAGUUCCUACACGGAAACUUUACUUUUGCUAGAUCAGGUGGAUGAGCAAGUUGUAACGAUCCAAUUGCUAAAUCAGUCAUCAUGA